AUGUCUGAAAAAGAUAAGAUACUGGUUUAUGAAAAAAAAUUAGAACAACUUAAAGAAGAAGAAAAAGUUAUAUUAAAAAUAUUAAAAAGUGUUCAAACUCAAUUAAAAAAAUACGAGGUUGAAGAAUUACAAACUUCCAGUGAUUUUACCUCUGAUAGAAAAAGAGAAGAAGAGGAAGACGAUCAAGAUAGCGAAUCUGAUGAAAGUGUUGCAGAUCCUAAAACAUUAUUAAAACUAUUAGAUUGUGCUGAAUUAAAUGAAAUGACUGAAGAAAUUAUAAAUUUCGACAAAGAAUGCGAUGAAAAAAAUUACAUUGAAACAAUGGCUGAUGAUACAUUUUUAUCUGAUGUAAAUAACAAACAACAUAUUUAUGAAAAUAACAAAGGGAAUUAUGUGUAUGCUAGCGAUAAUGUUGAAGAAGAUUCAAUUGUAGAAACGACAGCAUUAAGAGAAAAUUCAGAAAUUUCGAAAGGUACAUCAAGUUCGAUAACGAGUGAAAAUUAUUUAAUCCUACCUGGAACGCUUAAAAGAGGAAGGAAUAAAACACGACAAGUUGAAGUUGUUUUAAACAUGUCUAGGGAAGAACUUGAAUUGUUAGAAUUAAACAUAAUGACAAAGAAAAAAAACAUUUGUUAUAAUAGUUUAAAUGGUGGUAUGCAUGUUUUUCUAUGGUCUAUUAUUUGCUCACCUAUUAGUUUAAUAUUAUCAUCAAUGUAUUCGUUUUUCAUGGGUACCCUUACUUGGUAUGGAAUAUUUUCAAUGUUUUCAGAAACUAAAUCAUUUAAAUAUAAAAUCAUAGUACCUCCAAUUCUGAUUAUAUUGUAUCCAUUUUUAAUAGUCUUUGUUUCUCUUUGCUUAGGCAUAUAUGCUGGAUUUAAACAAGUUUCAUGGUAUUGGAAUAUAUGGUUAGACGAAUUUACUGAUUAUGAUAAAGGAUUUUUCGGAUGGUUGUGUAAUGUUUUAGAUAUACCUGAAUGUUCUCCAUAUGAAAUUAUUAUUUUGUCAAAUGUAUAUAAACCUUAA